GCGGCCUCUGGGGAGAGGAGGCGCCCGGCCGCGUCCUGCGCUGUUCCCGGGCGCCCGGCGGGGAGCCAGGUGCUGGGUUGCCCCGUCGCGCUCGGUCCCGAGGGCAUGCGGCAGCCGCAGGGGCCCCGGCUCCCAGGCGAGCGCGUGCGGAUCCGAUGCAGAAAGAUGUGAGCUCACUCUGAAAGCUGUUGGUGGUACGCAGUGAAUGUGUCUUCAUGGGCUACUCCAUGAUACCAAUAGAGUGGUCUGGAGGAAGUGUGGGUGUUCAGCUCUUCUCCACAAUGAAUGAGUGUCACUAUGAUAAACACAUGGACUUUUUCUAUAAUAGGAGCAACACUGACACUGCAGAUGAGUGGACAGGAACAAAGCUUGUGAUUGUUUUGUGUGUUGGAACAUUUUUCUGCCUGUUCAUUUUUUUUUCCAAUUCUCUGGUCAUCGCAGCUGUGAUCAAAAACAGAAAAUUUCAUUUCCCCUUCUACUACCUGUUGGCUAACUUAGCCGCUGCAGAUUUCUUUGCUGGAAUUGCCUAUGUAUUCCUGAUGUUUAACACUGGCCCAGUUUCAAAAACUUUGACUGUCAACCGCUGGUUUCUCCGCCAGGGGCUUCUGGACACAAGCUUGACUGCCUCCCUGACGAAUUUGCUGGUUAUUGCUGUGGAGAGACACAUGUCAAUCAUGAGGAUGCGGGUCCACAGCAACUUGACCAAAAAGAGAGUGACAUUGCUCAUUCUGUUUGUGUGGGCCAUCGCCAUCUUCAUGGGGGCGGUCCCCACACUGGGCUGGAAUUGUGUCUGCAACAUCUCUGCCUGCUCUUCCCUGGCCCCCAUUUACAGCAGGAGUUACCUCAUUUUCUGGACUGUGUCCAACCUCAUGGCCUUCUUCAUCAUGGUGGUAGUAUACCUGCGGAUCUACAUGUAUGUCAAGAGGAAGACCAAUGUCUUGUCCCCACAUACAAGUGGGUCCAUCAGCCGCCGGAGGGCACCCAUGAAACUAAUGAAGACUGUGAUGACUGUCUUAGGUGCAUUCGUGGUGUGCUGGACCCCAGGUCUGGUAGUUUUGCUCCUGGAUGGCCUGAACUGCACGCAGUGUGGCGUGCAGCAUGUGAAACGCUGGUUCCUGCUGCUGGCGCUGCUCAACUCAGUCAUGAACCCCAUCAUUUACUCCUACAAGGAUGAGGAUAUGUACAGCACCAUGAAGAAAAUGAUCUGUUGCUUCACUCAGGAGAACAGCACAGAAAGACGCCCCUCUCGUAUCCCUUCCACCGUCCUCAGCAGGAGUGACACAGGCAGCCAGUAUAUGGAAGAUAGUAUUAGCCAAGCCACCAUCUGCAAUACAAACAGCUCCUAAGCUGUAGAUACCUCUCCCAUUGCCUACCCAGGCAUCCCCUGGGGAAAGAGCUGUUAAAAAUCAUUACCUAUCUCUACCAAAUGCCCAUGUACAGUGUUAUUUGAGAUCGGAAUGAAUCACUGCUAGGUUUUACAGUUUUGUUGUUGUUUUACAAGUUUAAAAGCCUGGGCAGUGAAGAGAAGAUAGUACAUUCAGUGAAAAUGCAGAGAAAGAUGGAGACAAUACAGUGAAUGGAUUGCUGCUCAGUUUCCUACAAACUUCUCAGAGCAUCACCAGCCAGCUGGGUACGCCAGGCUCUGCUGCCAUCUUGUAGCGAUUUGUUUUUUGUGUUUCAAAAGAUGUCAAAGGUCGUAAGCCAAACUGAAUAAUAAAUGAUGCUACUUGAGCCACUUUAUGUAGCUGCUAGGAAAACCUAUGUAGUUUUUUUCUUCACACAUCUAAAAGAUUCAGAAAUAUUUCAGCAGUAGUAUUCUUCUACUGAAUAAUUACUAAGUAUUUUUUUCCUCAUGAAAACCAUGGCAAGUAGCUAGGUAUUCAGUAGGAAUCUAAGAAUAACAAAUUACUAAGGAUUCCAUAAUAAACCUGAUUUUUCUAGGGAGCAUUUUGAGAAAGCAUGUUUACUUAAAAAUAAUAACAAAAAUAAUGGAGACUUAGAACCUCAUUUGAUGACAUGAUCUUCUUAAACAGGUGUGUAUGUGUAUAAGCACAUCUACUUAGAUUCGAACUUUGCAAUUCAAGACUCCAAGGAUAGAGAUGGUGAGAUAGAUCACUGCCAUCCAAACUCUCCAGUCUAGAACAAAAGCUAUAGAAAUGACCUGGUGUGAGCUACAUAAAAAUGAAAAAAAAGCUAAAGAAAUAUUGUUUUAAGCAGACAUUUUAAUAGCAAAAUAGAAUGUAUUGAUAAGCAGGGUGAAUUCUUUCUAUAUAAGAUCAAAUAUGAGUGCUUAAUUUCAUCUAGCUCCACACCACUGGUAGCUUGUUGGCUUUUUUAUGUGGAAAUAUUUCACAUCUCAAGGUUUGCCCAAGGUUCUCAAUGUAUUUCAUACUUGUCUUGUGGAUUGAAUUUUGAACUAGGUCAUUUGAAUUUUUCUCCUUCAAAGACCUAGAUAAGCAACUUGAAAGGCAAAUGAGUAAGAAAUGAAAAAUAGUAUUUCAUGGACAUAGGCUACUGACUGAAGUUUUUAUGUAAAACAUUUAGCAUAUAUUCUGAUUUCAAAUAAUAACUUCAAGGCAGUUAAUAUUUAUGUAGUCUGCUAACGAAGUUUACACAUUUUUUGCUAUUGUAAUAUAACAUUCAUGUGCAAGAACUACUUGUAAUAAAAGAAUUUCUGAAGUCAUGCUUUUAGAUAUAAUAGCCUAAAAUAGAGUAUUAUGAUUUGAAGGUGUAGAGUUCACAUGCUGUUAGUGUGUCUACCUGAAGCUUAUAUCAAAUCAAUCUAUAAAAUAAAAUUUA